UCUUUUCAGGUUUAAUUUUAUUGAAGCUGAAAAUGAAAUGAAAAGAGUAGCUCAUGUAUCUUAUUGUCUCAAGAACACUAUAAAUAUUUAAAACAAUUUAAUCUAAAAACUGUCUCAAAGUAAUUUUACAUUAACUUAGCUUAAUUCUAAACUAAGACUAGUUAUGUUUAGACCCAUAAGUAAUUUUAAAAUUCUCUUAGGUCGUUGAAGGUCAUGUAGUCAUUUCCUAUCAUUUGAAUCUAAAAUGCAUUACAUAUUAUUAUGAGGAAGUUAAAAAGAGGAAGACACAGAAAAAACUUCCAUGGGGUUCCAGGAUAUCUUAUUUAAUUAUCUGAUUAUCCCAAUAACAGAAAAUAAGCGAAAACUAGGGUUCAUGAUCCAAACCAAUUGACACAAGAAGUAGUGGCUAAGAGGGAGUUUUCUAAGGGAAAAAGUAGCAAUCCCAUAAUUUUUGGAUCAUGGCUAACACAAAGAAGAUUCAAAAUCUAAUUAUGCUAAAAAUAGAGUCCAAUUUUGAAGGCCAGAAGCCAUUAGAAACCUCUAUAUAAACACCCAGCUGAGGAUUGGAAAGACAGCUCCGGGAAGAAGCUGCAUAGGCCAGUUCUUUUCAGGGGAAUGACAUAAGACAGGGGUUUACAUUUUUUGUAUUAGUUCUUUCUAUUUUGUCUCAGUGGAUUUGAGGAUCCCCAAAAAAUCCACUGGUGAAAUCUUUUAUCCUUCGAAAGAACUAAUAUAAAACUUAUUUUAUACAAAGAUUAUAUCAUUUAUCUGUAUUCUCAAUCCCUUAUAUUUUAUAGAAAAGAAAAAAAAUAAAAAUAAAUGGCUGGAGGAGGAGUUGUUGUUCAGGGAGGAAGGAACUAUGAGGGUGGAGUCACUCCUUUUGUCAUGGUCACCUGUUUGGUGGCAGCCAUGGGGGGUCUUCUCUUUGGUUAUGAUCUUGGAAUUUCAGGUGGGGUGACUUCAAUGCCAAGUUUUUUGGCUCAUUUUUUCCCAUCAGUUGUGCUUAAGAUGAAAAGUGCCCAUGAAAGCGAGUAUUGUAAAUUUGACAGUGAACUCCUAACAUUAUUUACCUCUUCUCUUUACCUGGCUGCUCUGGUGGCAUCCUUUGGUGCCUCGAUCAUCACCCGGAAAUUUGGCCGAAAAUCUUCCAUGUUUUUUGGAGGUCUUUCCUUCUUGAUUGGCUCCAUCCUUAAUGGUGUUGCCAAUAGCAUUGUGCUGCUCAUCAUUGGCCGUUUGCUGCUUGGUGUGGGUGUUGGAUUUGCGAAUCAGUCUGUGCCAGUUUACCUUUCUGAAAUGGCUCCAACCAAAAUCAGAGGUGCUCUGAACAUGGGCUUUCAAAUGGCCAUCACAAUUGGCAUUUUAGUGGCGAAUCUUGUCAAUGUCGGUACAGCCAAAAUCGAAGGCGGAUGGGGAUGGAGAGUCUCACUGGCUCUCGCCGCAGUCCCCGCCGUGAUGAUGACCGUCGGAGCCAUGUUCCUUCCCGAUACUCCUAACUCCAUUCUCGAAAGAGGAUACAAAGAGAAGGCUAAGAUUAUGCUCCAGAAAGUUCGCGGUACUGAAAAAGUCGAAGAAGAGUUCAAAGACUUACUCCAGGCAAGUGAAGCGGCAAACGAAGUAGAUCAUCCGUGGAGCAACAUAAUGAAGCCACAAUACAGACCUCAACUCGUGAUGUGUGCUUUAAUCCCCUUCUUCCAGCAACUCACCGGUAUCAAUGUUAUCAUGUUCUACGCUCCCGUUCUGUUCAAGACUCUCGGAUUCGGCGACGACGCAUCUCUAAUCUCCGCCGUCAUCAGUGGCGGCGUCAACGUCCUCGCAACCCUAGUUUCAAUUUUCACAGUCGACAAAUUCGGCCGAAGAAUCCUCUUCCUCGAAGGCGGAGCACAGAUGUUUGUCUGCCAAAUCCUAGUCGGAAGUCUAAUCGGCGUCAAAUUCGGACUCAAUGGAGAAGGAACCCUAACAAAAUUCGACGCAAACCUGAUUCUACUACUCGUGUGCGUAUACGUCUCAGCAUUCGCCUGGUCUUGGGGACCAUUAGGUUGGUUGGUGCCUAGCGAAAUCUGCCCGCUCGAAAUCCGAUCAGCAGGACAAUCAAUCAACGUAGCAGUGAACAUGUUCUUCACCUUCAUCAUCGCUCAGGUUUUCUUGUCGAUGCUUUGCCACAUGAAAUUCGGACUGUUCUACUUCUUCGCAGGGUUUGUAGUGAUAAUGACGGUGUUCAUCUACUUCUUCUUGCCUGAGACGAAAAAUGUGCCGAUUGAAGAGAUGAACAGAGUGUGGAAGGCGCACUGGUUCUGGAGCAAGUACAUCCCCGAUGAGGUGGUGAUCGGCGGCCAUAUCGAGGACGAAAAGCACUGCGGAGGUGUAUGAAGAAAUGGAUAAAA